CGAAGAUAUUCUUAACAUAAGAAUUAUCAUGGUAUAAAUCAUGGCAUUUAAUUAUUUUGAUAGAUUCCACAAGAUGUAGAGUGCAACUGCUGAAAGAAGAUGAUGGUUUUUCCAUUGUACAGGUGAUUCUGAAGUUGCUGUUACAAUUUCCCAUGAUGUGCUGUAGUUUUUAAGGGAAGAAAAAUGUCACCUCCAUACAGGGCAUAAGGACACAAACCAAGAGGAAUAGAAACCUUGCCGUUAUUACAAGACACAAGAAAUCAGUUUGACUUCACUGUGAGUACAAGGACCUUGCUAUACAAAGAAAAGAAAGAAUUCAGCACCAAGUAUCAAGAGAGAUCUCCCUGACUGAGGAAAUCAACACUGUUAUAAAACAUCAGGAUAAAGAAAUAGAUGUCUGCUGUCAAUAAUGUAUAGAAUAGUGUACCAGAAAUAUGUCACCGUGUCUGGUGUUAGGGAUUGUCGUCACAUUUCACGUGUUACAUCAGACCGGGUCUGGAUCAGUGAUGAUAAAGGCAAUCUUAUACUGACAAACACUAAAGGAGAAGAACUAGAUUGUGUGACAGAUUUAGGUAGUGAUUAUGGAGGACACACUGUGGAUUCUAAUGGUGAUUUAAUUUAUAUAGACAGUCGUUAUAACAUCAAUAAACUGUCUACAGAGAACAAAGUAAAGACUACGAUAAUAAAGUACAACACGUCACCAUGGAGACUACGGUGUGUCUACAGCUCCCCCUCCACUGGACACCUGCUGGUCGGGAUGUAUAAUACUGAUACAGGGACAAAGACAGGCAAGGUAGUGAGGUAUAACUCCACAGGAGAAAACAUCCAGACCAUACAGCACAACAACAACACAGGUCAGGUACUGUAUAGAAAACCUUACUACAUCACAGAGAACCGCAAUGGAGAUGUUAUUGUGUCUGACUAUCUCCGUCUUGCUGUAGUGGUGACAGAUCGUGACGGUAAUUACCGGUUCUCCUACACAGGUCCUCCAUCAGGAUCACUACUAUAUCCACGUGGAAUCUGUACUGACGCGCUGUCACACAUCCUGCUGUGUGAUGAUUACACCCUGUCAGUACAGAUGUUAGAUAGUGAGGGUCACUAUCUGACAGAGAUAAACACACGACAACACGGGAUAGACACACCAUACGGCCUGAGUUAUGAUGAGGACACACACCUACUGUGGGUAGGGGAUUACAGACACAACACAGUCAACCUAUACAGAGUGGUAGAUACAGACUCUCUGACUGGAGUCCCUCUGGAGAAGAUCAAAUGUAGAAAACAUCCCAGAAUUCCCCUGGACCAGUUCUGUACCCCGUGUGGUGUUCCCUUGUGUGUGGAGUGUACCAGCUCUGAGGAUCACAGCAGACAUGACCUUAGAAAGAUAAAGACAUUGUUUGACAGAAUUCACAGGAUAAAGGAUGGAGAUACACUAUUGAUGUGCCUUCUUAUUUCCAAUUCCUACAAAAUAAACAUGAAAGAAGGAAACUGGAUGACUAAAUAUAAUGCUGUUGCCAACAUUUUUCAUUCCAAGGAAGUCACAAAGCCAUUUGCCCCUACAGAUUUAGAAAAAUACAAACCAAUUCUGAAACUCAAUGAAUCAGAGAUCAGUUUUUCCAAUGAUUGCUUCAAAGAUAUCAGUUUCCUAAAAUUAUUAAAGAGUCCUAAAAUAAUCAGAGAAGACAAGUAUAAUGUUUAUACAAUAAACUUUACUGAUAUUUUCUUGACUUGGGCAGAAAAAGAAAACAUUGCUGAGUUCUGUAGAUCCUGGAAUUAUCAGAGAGGAGAGGAUGAAGUUUGCUGUUGGUUAAUGCCGGAUAAAAAUGAGGAGCUUUUAGAAAAACUUGGACAAGAUAUUUUCAUGCACUCAACAAUGGUGGACCAGUCAUUCCAUGAAGCUGUAUUUAGAAAAUUCGGCAUACCUAUUCAGAUAAUAAUGAGGGGAGACAAAUCUGUAAAAAAUUUCAUAGAAAAUCUGAAGAAAGGAAAGACCAUGAUGUACCACGCAUCUGGGAUGAUAAUCGGAUGUGCAGGAAGUGGGAAAACAACUUUACUACAAAGACUACAAGGCAUCAAUCUGAAAGAAAUAAAGAAAAAUACUAGCUCAACCAGAGGAGUUGACAUUCACACAGAUGUCUUUGAAGUAACAGAUAGCAUCCAUGUUAAUUUUUCGAGUCAACAAAACCACUUCAAACUCAAACUUGAUAAAACAGAUAUGAAGCAGAGUGUUCCUGCAUACCAUUCAGAAAAUACAGCUGAUGAUGGGGAAAAGAUGGAACCAGUUGAUGAAGAGGCCAAUACAACUGAAGCAUCAAACACUGGACAGAUAUCACAUGAUGAUAUUGACAUCAAAACCACCCCAUCUCAUGAACCACAGGGGACCACAUCACCAGGAAAUGUAGCAGAUGUUGUGAAGGAAAGCAAAGAUAUUCCUCAUAGUUCAGAAAUUUCUGGAAAUUUGCAAAUUAGUGCAGAAGACAUGUCAGAUGAUCCUGAGAAAAAAAUUACCAUGACUGACUUUGCAGGGCAGUGUUCAUAUUAUGCCUCACACCAGAUUUUUCUGAGUCCCCGGGCCUUCUUCAUUCUGGUGCUGAAUAUGGAGAAGAAGUUUGGUGAUAAGGUUGGAGAAGAAGUGUGCUGUCAGGAAGGUUCCAUUUACGGGGAAUGGACAAACAGAGAUUAUCUUGAAUUCUGGAUGAAGUCAGUUCAUCAAUACAGCAGUGAUAAAGCCCCAGUUAUCCUGGUUGGUACUCACAGUGAGGAGAAAACUGAAAAGGAGAAAACACUAUUUUUUCGUGAAGUAUGGAAAACUUUAGAAAUGAAGAAAUCUCUACAGAAACAUCUCAGUAGUAUGCGACAAUUUGCGAUUGGAUUCAAUAACAACGAAGGCAUCGAUAGUAUCAAGAAAUCGAUCCUUGAUGUUGUGGGUAAACUUGAUCACUGGGGUGAAGAGCUUCCACGCUCAUGGGCUAUGUUUGAAACAUUCUUUCACGAGAAGAAAAAACUCAAGAUUUUAAAGAUAGAUGCACUCAUUGCUUUCAAUGAAGCACUUCCAGAGGGAAUAAAGCUCCAGACAACAGAUGACAUCAAUGUUAUGCUACAGUUCUUCCAUGACAUCAGAGAAAUUUUAUACUUUGCUCAAGUAUUGCUCAGAGAAAUAGUUAUUCUUGACGUUCAGUGGUUUGCAGAUGCAUUCAAAAAUGUCAUAACAGAUAAAAACCAUGCAGAGGAAGAUUUACUUGAGUUUACUGCAGAGUGGGACAAAUUCAACGAAACAGGGGAGUUACCUGACACGCUGCUGUCUGCUAUAUGGGAAAUGAACAACAAUGGUUACAUUGAACAUAAACACGACAUCAUGCUGUACAUGGAAAAAUUAGGACUGUUAGCUAAAAUGAGUGACAAUAAGUGGUAUGUUCCCUGUAUGAACAAAAUACCAUUUCCUUUGAAAUACUCAUCAUCCCAUGCCUCCUCCAUCCUCUGCUACAUGUUUGAUGUUCUUCCUGCUGGAAUUUUCCAUCGCCUUGUAGCUACAUGCAUGCAGAUUCCCUGGAAGAUCCUUACAGAGAGAAAAAGACCAUGCAUUUACCAGACCGCAGCUAUUUUCACAGUUCAGGGUCACAACGUUCUUCUUGGAAUGACUCCAAAUGAAAUUCAGCUGCAAGUGUUUGUUAUUGAAGGAGAAGUUGAGCUAUCAACAUGCCAUGAAGUGAAGAAAAAGAUUGACAGUUUACUAAGUAUUCUAUCCACAACAUUCCAAACAGACUUUAAGUUCAUGUUUGGAUUCAAAUGCAAAGCUGUGGGAUUUUGCGACAACCAAGAAAGCUCUGUAAUUGAUGAAGCAGAAUUUAGUCAACCAUCUUUUCUGUGUCCUUCCUGUCCAAUAGAAAGCAAGCAUAUCAUCAAAGCAAACGAUAUCACAAUGUUUUGGAUAGAGCCGAAAACAAAGGCUUCAGUCUCUACAGUGGCUUCUGGAAAAGAUCUCGGAGGCCGAUCUAGAUUUGCCAAACUCAGAAUGGCAUCAAACGAUGUGUUAAAUCAGGCAUAUAGAGAUAUACUAGAGAUGUAGG